CCUUCUUCUUUUUUUCUCUCUGUCUUCUUCUUCCACACGGCGUGCAGCAGGGAGCUCAGCUCCACCUCCUUGCAUGCUCUCUGCUCCUGGCUCCAUGGCGCUCGGCAGCAGGACUGCUCCAUGGGCGUCACCCCUCACCUUCUUCCUCCCUUCCUCCCCACGACUGCAGCUCUCCCACUGCUCCCUCACGCCAGCAGCAGGGAGCCUAGGUCCUCCUCGCCAUGUGCUCGACGCUAUGCAGCAGGACGCAUGGAGCCCUCCAUGGCGUCUCCUUCCCUGGCCGCGACCAAGGCCGACAGCCAGCCUCCCCUUCCCUGCUCUUGCCGUGGCCGAGCCCCCUCUGUUGCAGACCGAACUCCAUCUCCGGCCAGCAGUCACGGCGCCCUGCACAGCGUUCCCUUGCCCCUGUUUUCCCCCUGCGCGCAGAAGCUCUUUGGGCCGACCUCGGCGAGGUCCACGUCCAUGGCGCCAAGCAGCAGCACCCCCUGUUUAUGGCUGCCAGCCCUUGCUCCCCUUUUGCCCCACUGCGCAGCAGCUCUGUGCUCCACCUCCCAUGGACGCCCAGAAAUUCCAGCAGCGAGCCCCCUUCCUCGCUGUUCGUCAUGGUGCCCGCCGGUUGUUCGACAAAAUGCGCAGCAAACCGCGCGCUGCAGCAGCCCUCCUGUUCGAUCUCCACUCCCCUCGUCGUGUGUCGUCGCUCUCGUGCUCGCUGCGCAGCCCCUUCCGCGACGCCGUCGAAAACCGUGCUAGCCGUCAAUUGCCAUUCGUCGCGCACGCGUGUUCGAUACAAGACCGGUCGGGUGAACCACGUGCUUGCACAACUCAAAUCCGAUCCCGCUGAGGUUGAUUGAUUUAUAGUUUACCAUACAUAUAAUUUGGUUGAUGUCAUGCAGUGCACGUAUAUGUGUGGAUGUGUGUAAAAUGUUUUGGCUAUACGCAUUAGUAGGUUCGCAUUUGCGGUUGGAGAACAAGAAGUUGUUUGA